AUGGCUGUUUCUAACAUUUCAUUUGGAGUUUUAGCUGCCACUGUUGCCAUGAUUUGCGCCAUCUUUAUGCCUUUGGCUCAUGGCCAAUCCUCAGCUCCUGCUCCAUCACCCACAAGCGAUGGCACUGCAAUAGAUCAAGGAAUAGCUUGUAUUCUGAUGCUUGUGGCAUUGGUGCUCACAUACCUUAUUCACUGAUUCAAAAACCAGAGGCUCAUGAUUUUGGAUGUUGUGCUGCUUUGAAGAAGAAUUGUGUUUGGUAUAUAUGUUUUGAAGAUCAACUAGUUCCAUAUGUAAUUUGUUGAAAACUUGAAGGAUAAUCU